GACUGCAGCGCUCCAGUGAUAUCACUUCAACCCUUCGAGCAAGUGACAAAACAUCGCGAGGAACACAUCUGCCCAGCGAACAACUGUAACGUUACACAUCAAGACACCAUGUACCCAAGAAGGAAAAUCCCCCAAGAGGUCAGAGGUUGGGACAGGGACCAGUCAAAAGAAGGAACGAAGUCUGCCGUCAAUCAGAAGUGGUGGAGGAGAGGCUGUCAGCAAGAAGAGCGCCAGAACCCGAUUUGUCUGAGCUCUCGGUACGAUGUACUAAUGCAUGAAACCGACGGCGUGACAGACCGAAAGUGUGAGCCUGGCGAGCAAGUCAAGGUUUUCCCCUCCGUCCAAAACCGCAGGGCUAAGCAGAACGCCUGCUGCCAACGGAUGGCGGAGGAGCUGCGGGAAGAGAGGAAGAAAAACAAGAUCCUCCAAGAGGAGCUGGAGGGAUUCAGAAGUUCACUGGAGGCGGAGCGCCACAGGCUCGAAGGGUAUGAAGCCGGCAUCCUCGUUGUGCAGCAGCUGGUUGACGACUUUUAUCGUGAGCUCGACAAGGAAAUCAAGCCCCACGGGGACCAGGCCUCACGGAAGCCGCCCUCGGUCCUCAACUCGACGGCUCAGGGGGACGCCAGUCGCCAGAAGAUGGCGGGGGACCUCCAGGUAGAGAGGGAGAAACAAGAGAGGCCCCACGAACAGCAGCAGAGAGUCGGAGAUUCAUGCCAAGAAGAAGUCCUCUCAGUGGGGCGGCAGGCCGACGACCCUCAGCGUCAGCUCGACACAGAAACCACAGAGUCUCUCACUGACCAGCUCUUCCUGCAACAACUGAAGGCCGAGCAGGAAGCCUUCAGUCAGAAGAAGGUGACGGAGGAGCUCCAGGGGGAGAGGAAGAGCAAAGGGAUUCUCCAAGAAGAACUGGAGAGGGUCUCGGCUUCGCACCACGAGGACAGACAGGAGCACGACGAGGACAUGCUCAUCACCGCGAGGCCGCUGGCUGAAGACGCUCAGGAGGAGUUGGGCGAGCUGCAGUUACACGGGCUUCAACCUUGAAGCCCGUGUUUGUCCGGUUGGGUUGGUGUUGACUGUCAGGAGAUAGAAACCAGUUCCUUGUGGGAUCUUUCUCCAGAAUCUUCACCGAGGUGUUUCUUGUGGCCUAAACCGAACCGCAGCCCGUGGAUGUGAAGCCUGGUCUCUGCUGUGGAAGUCAAAUGUAGCUUCAUUCGUUGAAUAAAUAAAUAAAAUGAAAACUUG